AUAUCGAAUUCUAAUUUGUGUGUUGUGACGUGUGUGUGUGUGCUUACAUGUGUGUCAUUUUGAAGUUUCACUUUGAUAGUAUUUGUUUGAUAUUCACUAUCUCGCUCUCACACAAAAUUUCAUUUUUACUUUUUGGGCGAAAAACAGGAACAUCGAUUCGAUGAGAAAAACUCGCAAUUUAUUAAUUCAAUUUCUGCGUUAAUUUCCACAAAUUAUAAAAUAUAAUUACAAUCAAACUACAAUUAAAGGUCUCGAGAAGUAGCAUAGAGUGAAAUUUCAUUGUUAACACUCAAUCAAUAGUCGCACUAUGCGACUCAACCAAACAUGAAGCAAACUUCUGUCGAAAGACUAAUAAUUCUUUUGCCAGGAGCGUGUUAAGGUUAGGUGCUGUGCUGGUGUUGGAGCACUUUUUGACAUUUUGCUUUGGUUUAGCAUUUUUCGCGGAUUUUUUUUUUGUUGUUGUUGUUGGGGUAUUUGUCUCCCCCUAAAAUCGACGAUCGGCAUCUGUUUAGAUGAACGGCAGUGGUCUUAUGGAGCUGCAUAGCCGGGCUAUGGCUCAUACGAGCGGUGCUGGAAGUUCAAGCACUAGCAUUGCUGGUGCAGUUCCACCAGCAACAGCGGCGGGGGUCGGCGGCGGUGUUGCCAAAGCUCCGAGAAACUUUAAAAUGCUAGCCGAUCCGACCCUUACCAAAGGUGCAAUGAAAUUAUAUCGAUAUGAUGGGGUUGUUCCAAAUGAUCCCACGUAUCCUCCAGUGAUUCCUCGUGAUCCACGGAAUCCAAUGUUGCGAAUUCGUGGGAGACCAUUGGAACCUUUAGUAUUGACAGUUCCAAGAUUAAAAAUUGAUCAAUAUUAUGUUGGAGAACCGCCAGCCAUCGAGAUAACUAUAACAAAUUUAAAUGACAACAUCGAUAAGCAAUUUCUUUCCGGAAUGCUGGAUAAAUGCGGUCCGUAUGACGAGAUAACAAUUUAUCAUCAUCCAACAAAUAACAAACAUUUGGGACUAGCUCGGAUUGUAUUUGAAAAUGUAAAGGCGUCGAGAAUUUGCAUUGAAAAAUACAAUCAAAAGUCGGUGAUGGGAAAGAUUUUAAGCGUUUUUCAUGAUCCCUUUGGUACCAUCUGCAAGAAAAGCAUAGAAACGUUGACAAAUAAAAAUAAAACAGCACAACCACUGGUUCCUACACCAACAACAGCAACUCAACCUCCUCUACCUACGGCUCCAGGAACUCAUCCCCCACCACCACCUCUUCCACCGACAACACACCAUUCAUCAGGAGAUUAUCUACAGGAUUACUCCAAGGAUGUUGUAGACUCCCUCCCAUCGUCCGCCAGUAGCGCAUACUAUCGCGGUGAUAGAGAGUACGAUCAUUAUUCUUCUCAUACCAGUCGAGAUCGGUACCCAGAAGAUGAUCGUCUUCGUGAUAAAGAACGUGGUCGAGAUCGUGAUCGUGAUAAAUACUACGAUAAGAAAGAAGGUCGACAUGAUAAAGAUCGCAAGCAUCACCAUCAUCACCAUCACAAGCGAGAUCGAUCAAAAGAUCGCAGCAAAGAGCAUCGUCGUGAUCGGGAUAGAGAUAGGGAUCGUGACAGAGAUCGAACCAGAGAACAUUCAAGAGAUCUAGAUCGAAAGGAUCGUGAUAGAAAUAAAUACAGCAGUAGCAGUCGUUACUCGAGUAGGAGCGAAAGAAUCGACUACGAUGAACUAUCUAAGUCGUCAACAGCGACCGGGCAUUCGCUGCCACCACAUGGCAAUCAUCUAUAUGCAUCUCCAGUGAAUAAUUAUGCCCUGGCAACUGGUGUUGGAGGCUAUGGGUAUCAUCAUGCACCUCCCCUGCCGCAUGCUUCUUACCAUGCAUACCCACCAGUGCCGCCGCAACAAAGCAGCUGGAACUCAGCCUCGGGUAAUAGAACCUGGUCAGCUCAAGCACCACCUGCACCACCACCGCCUCCUCCUCCACCACCACCAGAGGCUAGUCCAAACUGGGAUGAACCUGAGGAAGAAGUGUUGCCUCCGAAGGAGGAAUGGCCGAAAGAAGCACAGCAAAAAUCAUUUUCCACACCGAACGAUGACGAAGGAUUAUCGAAAACUAAAAAAAAUCAAGAUAUCCCUGAAAAAACCGCUGCAGAAGUUGACCACACUAAUGUCGAUCUAGACACAAGAAUCGCAAUGAUGUUCAAAGGUAAGUCUUUUGGUAAUGCGCCGCCAUUCCUUCAAAUGGAGAGCAGCGACUCCGAAAAUGAAAAGGACAAAAGUAGAGAAGAAGGAGAACUGACUCUUGAUUCGGACAAAGCUGAUAAUGGCAAGUCCAAAAAGUCCAAGUCCAAAAAAUCCAAACACAAGGAAAAAGUCGAAAAAGUUGUACGCCCAGAGCACAAUGCUAGCGACAUAUCAUCUAGUGAUGAUGAUAUAUUGCUGAAAAAAGAGGCUAACAGCCCAGUGCGUUCCAAAAAAGAUGACGAUCGAAUGUCACUUUCUAGCUUGUCGUCUCACGAUGGAAAGAUCGAAGAAGAACCUCCGCCACCAUUGCAGCCACCGCUGCCACCGAAUAAUCCUCCAGCUGAUCCGGCUUAUCCCCCAAUGCCAGGAUCUUCGUAUGUCUAUCCAGGUACUGCUGGUGCAGCAUACGGAUAUUAUUCAACGGAUGGCUACCCGCAAUACCAGCAACAAGCCCAGUAUUUUCCUCAUCCAGCGUACAUGCAAUCUUACAUGCCUGGUUUCCCUCACCUUCUUCCCCACGAAGCAGCUUACGUUGGCACAACCGAUCCCUAUUAUGAUCCCUAUAAGUACGAGUACAGAGAAGCCGCUUAUAAUUACGAUGAUCCGUACAAACAGUCCAUUAAAGAAGUAGUAGAUCGGGUAAGUGAGGAGCUCAAACAGAUUCUCAAGCGGGACUUUAACAAGAAAAUGAUUGAGAACACAGCCUACAAAAGCUUUGAGGCCUGGUGGGAUGAGCAGGGUCGAAAAAAGAACAAAAAAGAAGAUGCCGUAGUGGAAGCAGCACCCGGUGCUUGCACUAAACCUUUAGAUAAGGCUCCGGACAUAAAUGCGCUGAUAAAUAGCAAUCGAGACAAUCUAGACUUUAACAACUACACAAGUCUGGGGCUGCGGGCGGCAAUUCCUAAGAUGCCAUCUUUCCGAAGAAUACGUAAACGAGCUCCAAGUCCAAUUGCAAAGGGCGCUGAUGAAACAGAGAAGCAUUUGAGCGAUCAAGAAGAAAUGGUGCAAGGCUCUGAUGAGGAAGAGGACAGCACCAACACGCCCACUUACAACCGUCGAUCGGCUGUUGAGGAGCGAGCAACAGGUAAUGCUGGUAACAGAGAGGCUGCCGUUCGAACAAAACGUAAGGGAAGCUCAUCUAGUUUCUUCUCUACCAGUGAAGAAGAGGAGGAAGAAGAAGAGGAUGGAGAUGAAGAUGACGAAGAUGAUAGCGAUGAUGAUGAUAAUGCAAGCACUGCCUCAGAUUUGAGUUCAGGUUCAGAUUUGGAUCUGAAAAAGAUAAACCUUAAAAAGGAAAAUCAUCUCUACUCAGAAUCAGAGGAAGAGCGACAGCGUAAGCGAAAAGUUGAAAUCUAUUCUGAUUCUGAAGAUGAGAAGAUGCAACCAACUAAGGCAACCCCUGCUACUGCUGCUGUCAAUCGAAUGGCGUUCUCAUCAGAUUUAGAAGAAAUAAGUAUGAGUCCACCACCAGAUGCACCUCCAACACCUGGCGGACAAGAAGAACCUGAGCCGGAUGAAAUUGAAGAUGUUAAAAAAUCACCAGAAAAGCAAAAAGAAGUCAAAAAGUCCAUAUUUGACUAUGAUAGAAUAUAUAGUGAUUCAGAAGAAGAACGAGAAUAUCAAGAAAAACGAAGACGAAACACUGAAUAUAUGGCGCAAAUAGAAAGAGAAUUUCUAGAGGAAAGGGAGCGCAAAGCGCGUGAAGAAAAGGAAGAACCAACUCCAGAAAAGAAACCACCAACCGUCAAAGAGUCAGUGGCUCCUAAAUUGUCGGUAAUGAUUCCUCAAUCAAACAGUCUUGAUGUUCCUCAGACACCUGAUAUUACUAAAGUACCGCCUACUCCCGGUGUGUCUCUAACAUCUGAGCUAAGCAAGAAAAAAGAAACAAAAGAGAAGCCAACAAAGGCAAAGAAAACGGAGAAAUCUCCGCCAAAACCGAAGACUGAAACGAAAAAGACCAAGGAACCAAAAGGAAAGAAAGCACAAACCGUCCAGGCGGUGGUGCCUACUAAGCCUCCACCCGAGGAACCAAUUGUACAGCCAGAACCUGUGAAAUUGCCGCCCACCGAAGAAAAGAAGACAAUCAAUGGUUAUGUUCCAGGCAUUAUCAAGGAUGCGGACGAAGAAAACAGUAUUCCAGAUGCGGUUAAAAUGUCGCCAACAUCUUCGGAUGGUGGAUCUAGUCAAGCAAGUCAAGCUAGUCAAGUUGCAUUGGAACAUUGUUAUUCGCUUCCUCCGAAGUCAGACGAGCCCGAUGUCAAAUCAAAGACUUCUUCAGAUUCCAAUACACAAAAUAACUACCUGGCACAUGAUCAUGGAUAUACAUCGCAUCCAGUUGUGAAAAAUAAAGAUGCGACUGAAGUUGAGACGGUUAGUUCAAGUGCUCCAGUUAAGUAUGGUCCUGGUAGACCGAGAAAGGAUUCAGUUCGAGCACAAAAGAAGAAGGACGAAGAGAAGUUGGUUCUUGACAAACCGCCAAAGAAGGCAGCAGCAGCAGUAGCAAAGGAAACUGAAAUAAUACCCUGGAAGACGACAUCCUCGGCGGCUCUUGCGCUGGAACGCAGUUCAUUCGUGUCCUCGGAAGUUUUCAAUCUCAGAGAUGCUACACAAGAGAUGAUGUUGUUGUAUGAAUUUCUCACGCGUGGCAUUGAUGCUGAAGAUGCCAACUAUAUCCGUAGGAGCUAUGAACAACAUUUGCAAGAGGAUCGUUAUGGUUUUUGGUUGAACAAUACUCAUUGGGUGGAUCAUUGCGUGACAGAUCGGUCAUUAGUACCGCCACCAUCAAAGAAACGCAAAAAGGAAGACGAAUUAAAGAAACAUCAAACCGGAUGUGCGCGUACCGAAGGCUACUACAAACUUGAUGUAAAAGACAAAGCCAAGCAUAAAUACCAUCAUGCCAAAGCGAAUGCCACAAAUCAAUCUAAAUUUGAUUUGGAAGAUCAAGCACAAGCGCAAUCUAAAGUUGUAUCCAAGAUGCAAGGUAUUUCGCGUGAAGCCCGCUCCAAUCAACGUCGUUUGCUUACCGCUUUCGCAUCGAUUGGUGAAUCUGAGUUACUCAAAUUCAAUCAGUUGAAAUUCCGCAAGAAACAAUUGAAAUUUGCCAAAUCUGCUAUUCACGAUUGGGGUCUAUUUGCUAUGGAACCGAUAGCAGCCGAUGAGAUGGUAAUUGAGUAUGUUGGUCAAAUGAUUAGGCCAAUUGUGGCUGAUUUGCGUGAAACAAAAUAUGAAGCUAUUGGAAUUGGCAGUUCGUAUUUGUUCAGAAUUGAUUUGGAGACUAUAAUUGAUGCAACCAAGUGUGGAAAUUUGGCGCGAUUUAUAAAUCAUAGUUGUAAUCCAAAUUGCUAUGCAAAAGUGAUAACAAUUGAAUCUGAAAAGAAGAUCGUCAUCUACUCAAAACAACCGAUUGGCGUCAAUGAGGAAAUAACCUACGAUUAUAAAUUUCCCCUCGAAGAUGAAAAAAUUCCCUGUUUAUGUGGAGCUCAAGGAUGUCGGGGAACUCUCAAUUAAUUUGUUGGACACACUUUUGCAUACAUACAUUGAAUUAAAUGUUUAUUUCUUUUUUCUUUUAUAGUUUCAAUUAUGUUCUUUGCUUUCUUUUAUAUAUUU